CAGAAGUAUUUUAUAUAAUCAUCCCAAGCCGUCGUCGUACGUAACCAUUCUCUUUCGUUUUCGUUUCUUUCUCUUUUGUUACUAAACCGGCCGUUCUUCCAAGAUGACGAUCUCUGUUGAGAACCCGAUUUUUGUUGUAGAGAAGGUUUCUGCAUUCCAGAAAAAGAGUGAGGACAAGACCGGAGAGUUGAAAUUGGACGGAGGAUUUUUGAUAGCAAACAUGGCCACCGAAGACAACGAAACGUUCUUGGCACCUGAGAUGAAUGCAUUUGGCCGUCAAUUCAGGGACUACAAUGAUGCUGAGAGUGAGAGGCAGAAGAGCGUCGAAGAGUUUUAUAGAUUACAACACAUUAACCAAACUGUCGACUUUGUGACAAAGAUGAGGGCUGAAUAUGGAAAAUUAGAUAAAAUGGUGAUGAGCAUUUGGGAAUGUUGUGAGCUUCUUAACGAGGUCGUGGACGAGAGUGAUCCAGAUCUUGACGAGCCUCAGAUUCAGCAUUUGCUUCAGUCCGCAGAAGCCAUCCGCAAAGAUUACCCUAAUGAAGAUUGGCUUCAUCUAACCGCUCUUAUUCAUGAUCUUGGGAAGGUUAUUACUCUUCCACAGUUCGGAGGACUUCCUCAAUGGGCUGUUGUUGGUGACACAUUCCCUGUUGGGUGUGCAUUUGAUGAAUCUAACGUACACCACAAGUACUUUAUGGAAAAUCCAGAUUUUCACAACAAAGCCUACAACACUAAAACUGGGAUAUACUCUGAAGGAUGUGGAUUAAACAAUGUCAUGAUGUCAUGGGGACAUGACGAUUACAUGUACAUGGUAGCUAAAGAAAACGGAAGUACAUUGCCGUCUGCGGGACAAUUUAUCAUACGAUACCAUUCGUUUUACCCAUUGCACACGGCUGGAGAAUACAAACAUCUUAUGAACGAGGAAGACAAGGAGAACCUCAAGUGGCUACACGUUUUCAACAAGUACGACUUAUAUAGUAAGAGCAAGGUUCACGUUGAUGUGGAGAAGGUCAAGCCUUACUACAUGUCUCUUAUUAAGAAAUAUUUUCCGGAGAACUUGAGGUGGUGAAAUUUUUUUGCCAUGGAGGAGGAUUAGUCGUUUGAUUCAUUUAUAAAUAUUUACACAUUGUCGAGUUAAUGUGAUUCUACCGGUAAUUGUGUUAUAUAUAUAUAUAUAUAUAUAUAUGAUCUUAUGUUAAUUAUA